AUGAGACGAUUUUUUUUCUCCCUUCUCCUCUUUCUCGCCCCUCUCCUAGCCUCAUGUACUAAAGAAAAACAGGUGUAUAUAGUCUACUAUGGAGAACAUAAAGGUGAUAAAGCCUUAUAUGAAAUUGAAGAUCAUCAUUAUUCCUAUCUUCAAUCGGUAAAAGAAUCCGCAGAAGACGCCAAAUCUUCGCUAUUGUAUAGCUACAAACAUAGCAUCAAUGGCUUCGCGGCUGAGCUAACAGCCGAUGAAGCCUCUAGACUAAAAGGACUGAAAGGAGUUGUAUCAGUAUUUAAGAGCGAUCCGAGGAAGUAUAAGACCCAUACGACAAGAUCAUGGGAAUUUGUAGGGUUGAAAGAUGACGAAGUGAGCGGUUUUCGUGGCGAUGAUAGAUAUCAAAAUUUAGAUGUGAAUGAUCAUUUUCGUGUUGGUAGAAAGUUUUUGAAGACGGCUAAACAUGGCGAUGGAGUUAUAGUCGGUGUUAUCGACAAUGGAGUGUGGCCAGAAUCAAGGAGUUUCAGUGACAAAGGAAUGGGGCCAAUUCCAGAAUCAUGGAAAGGAAUCUGCCAAACCGGAGUUGCCUUCAACUCUUCUCACUGUAACCGGAAAAUUAUCGGAGCAAGGUAUUACGCAAGAGGUUACGAGAGAUAUUACGGACCAUUCAAUACCGAAGCUAACCAAGACUUCUUGUCUCCACGAGAUGCCGAUGGACACGGGUCCCACACAUCUUCAACCGCUGUUGGUCGCCAAGUAAACGGCGUUUCUGUAUUCGGCGGCAUUGCUAUGGGCACGGCUUCAGGCGGUGCCUCAUUAGCUCGCCUAGCUGUGUACAAAGCUUGUUGGGCCGUUCCAAACGCUGACAAAAGCAAUGGAAACACUUGUUUUGACGAAGAUUUAUUGGCUGCGUUUGACGAUGCGAUUACUGAUGGCGUUCACGUCAUUAGUAUUUCCAUAGGAACAGCGGUACCUCAACCGUAUUUGAACAGUUAA